AUGGGGUCGAAGCACUCGCGUCAUUCGCAGUCAUCGGACGACAAUACUCAAUUGUAUACUAACAACCAGCAACCCGACGAUGAAGUUUCCCCGGAAGCGCGUGCUGAGUUCACAGUUGAUGACAUUUACAGUCCAGAGAAUACACGCCAAGCCCAAAGACUCCAUCGAACUGAUCACGAUCGGUUCUGCAAGUUUCGUAAUUAUUUUAAAAAUCAUCACAUGUCGUUAGCGAAAGAAGUUGGUCGUCAAACUAAGAAAAAUAAAGCUCUGCUUUUGCACUGGAUUGAAAGCGCUGUAGGUCCAUUAGAAGAUGGUGAAAGAUUGACAAAGGACGAAAUUCUUGAGAUCGCCAUGGUCUCAGCAGCUUUGACUGAGUACGGAGAGUCUGUGUUAUCGAAAGUGUACGAUCAAGGCAAGCUGGAUGCAUUGCCAAAUUUACCUUUACAUACGCACCAUCUUCGCAUGACUGCUAAACAACAGGCCUGUCGCGACGGCUCUGAUGCUAUUAACAAAGACAAACUAGAAGCAGCGCACUACAUUGGAUUAGAGGUAAUGCUACGGCUGAACGAACGGCUGCCAGUUGAACAACGCAUGGGUGAAGAACUUCGCAAUAUCCUCAAUCACCCAACGAAUCUCCGUCUUGUAUUAGCGACAAGUAAUCAAACUCUACAUAAAAAGGUGGACACAUUACUUAUCAAUGCAACAAAUUUGUUGUUAGAGCCAAAUUCAAAAACACCACGUAAACUUUCGGCACGAGAGUACGAUCGACUAGUCCAAAUUGCCAAACAUGCACAGGAUCACGUCUUUCAAGACGCAAUGAUUGCAGCAAACGGACAUCAUUUAUACCUUAGCUUGCGCAAUCAGUUUUUACGACUUGAAACUGACGAUCGACCGAAACUUUGGGAUGUGGAGAAAGACAAACGCGAGUUUCGAUAUACCCUUUCGUCUAGACAUCGUUCACCAUCCCCUGUGCCAAAUUCAUCGAGAACGUCACGGUCACCAGAGAAAAAACCAGAACCAACAAGUAAAGUGAUGCAGAACAAUCGUCACUCUUCUGCUUCACCUGAAAUGCAACAUCAAAGUACAUUUUCUCGCUUUGCAGCGAAGAUUUUUCGCUCUCGUACCAAGAAAAAGCAUAUUAUCAUCCGCACAACUUCAAAAUCGACUUUUAACGCUGAAGACACAACCCAAUCUGAAAUUUCUGAAAAACGACGAGUAGGGAAAACCAAGAACGAAAAGAAGCUUAUUGUGACAGCACAUACAAAGCCUAAGAAAGGAAAAGCAGAGAACUCGAGACAGCAUCGUCAACGAAACAAAGGAAAACGUCAACCUCACACGGUACCAAAAAAACAAGCAGCGAAAUCAACGAAACCAGCAACAAAAUCAAUCUCUUCUUCAAAUCAAGACAUUGUUUCCGACAGUGGCGAUAGUGACUAUGUUGAUAUCGACUCGGAUCAAGAAACAAAUGAUGAAUGUAUCAUCCAUGUUGGACCCCGUGGAGGCAAGUAUUAUAUUAAUGCAAGCGGAAAAAAAGUCUAUGUCAAGUAA